CUUAACAAUAACAACAACAAGUCACCAUAAUAGACUGUCACUCGCGUCAGUCACUGCUUGUAUUGUUUCUCCUGUCUAUCACAGGUCAUCCUGGUAGCAGAGACUGGUACUUGUAGUACCAACACUGAAGGUCAUCCUGGUAGCAGAGACUGGUACUUGUAAUACCAACACUGCAGGUCAUCCUGGUAGCAGAGACUGGUACUUGUAGUACCAACACUACAGGUCAUCCUGGUAGCAGAGACUGGUACUUGUAAUACUAACACUGCAGGUCAUCCUGGUAGCAGAGUCUGGUACUUGUAAUACCAACACUACAGGUCAUCCUGGUAGCAGAGACUGGCACUUGUAAUACCAACACUGCAGGUCAUCCUGGUAACAGAGUCUGGUACUUGUAAUACCAACACUACAGGUCAUCCUGGUAACAGAGUCUGGUACUUGUAAUACCAACACUGCAGGUCAUCCUGGUAACAGAGUCUGGUACUUGUAAUACCAACACUACAGGUCAUCAUGGUAACAGAGUCUGGUACUUGUAAUACCAACACUGCAGGUCAUCCUGGUAACAGAGUCUGGUACUUGUAAUACCAACACUGCAGGUCAUCCUGGUAACAGAGUCUGGUACUUGUAAUACCAACACUGCAGGUCAUCCUGGUAGCAGAGUCUGGUACUUGUAAUACCAACACUGCAGGUCAUCCUGGUAACAGAGUCUGGUACUUGUAAUACCAACACUACAGGUCAUCCUGGUAGCAGAGACUGGUACUUGUAAUACCAACACUGCAGGUCAUCCUGGUAGCAGAGACUGGUACUUGUAAUACCAACACUGCAGGUCAUCCUGGUAACAGAGUCUGGUACUUGUAAUACCAACACUGCAGGUCAUCCUGGUAGCAGAGACUGGUACUUGUAAUACCAACACUGCAGGUCAUCCUGGUAACAGAGUCUGGUACUUGUAAUACCAACACUGCAGGUCAUCCUGGUAGCAGAGACUGGUACUUGUAAUACCAACACUACAGGUCAUCCUGGUAGCAGAGACUGGUACUUGUAAUACCAACACUACAGGUCAUCCUGGUAGCAGAGGUUGGCACAUGUAGUAUCUACAGUGGAAGUCAUCGUGGCAGCAGAGGUUGGUACUUGUAGCACCAAUACUGGAGGUGACACAGUAUCACUUUUCUGUAUCAUAAGGUUCAAGUAAGUGUCACUUUUCAGUAUCAUAGGUAUGAAGUAAGUGUCACUUCAGUAUUAUAAGGUUCAAGUAAGUGUCACUCUUGAGUAUCAUUAUGUUCAAGUAAGUGUCACUUUUCAGUAUCAUUAUGUUCAAGUAAGUGUCACUUUUCAGUAUCAUAAUGUUCAAGUAAGUGUCACUUUUCAGUAUCAUAAUGUUCAAGUAAGUGUCACUUUUCAGUAUCAUAAUGUUCAAGUAAGUGUCACUUUUCAGUAUCAUAAUGUUCAAGUAAGUGUUCAAGUAGUGAGAACACUGUUGCUACAGUGUUAUAGAUAUAACAUUUACAGCAUCAACAUCAAUUUCACAAAGCUGCUGUGUAAUAAUUCUGUGUAAUGUUUGUUACAAAACUUCUGUGAGAACUUUACCAAGGAACAUUUAAAUUUCUGAACAGUAUUAGAGAACCCUUCAUGUAGGUGCUUUACUGUUGGUCAACUGCUUGUUUGAUCCUAGGAAUUUGAAAUAUCCUCCCAAUAUUGUAAAUAUCCAUCCAUGUCCUCAAUCACUGUUUAAACCUUACUGGUUUAGUGCUUGUCCAUGUUUAUUAUAAUAAUAGAAUAUUAGAGACAGUGUUUUCUGUGUAAUGGAUCACAAAAAUAUCAUCUGGUUAAGCACUUUAUAAGAUUAUUGACCCUUUACUCUCUACACAGAUAUAUAUUAUUGAGCACAGUGUCACUCAUGUAGAUGUACGUUUUAAGCACAGUGUCACUUGUGUAGAUGUACGUUUUAAGCACAGUGUCACUCGUGUAGAUGUACGUUUUAAGCACAGUGUCACUCAUGUAGAUGUACGUUUUAAGCACAGUGUCACUCGUGUAGAUGUACGUUUUGAGCACAGUGUCACUCGUGUAGAUGUACGUUUUAAGCACAGUGUCACUCGUGUAGAUGUACGUUUUAAGCACAGUGUCACUCGUGUAGAUGUACGUUUUGAGCACAGUGUUGUACAUGUAGAUGUUCGUUUUGAGCACAGUGUUGUACAUGUAGAUAUACGUUUUGAGCACAGUGUUGUACAUGUAGAUACACGUUUUGAGCACAGUACCCUCAAAUAUGCUGUGAGUAGUAAAUUUUGGUGUGCACAUGUGAGUGGGUCUAUGCAGUGAGUGGCACAGCAUAAAAACAAUCUUACCCUAUUGAAGUGCACGAUGAGAAAAGCCAACUUCUGACCUUGUGUUUGGUUUAAAAUAGCAACUUUGAGGUGUUUUUAAGGAUACACCUACCAUCCGACUUACGACCGAGUUCGGUUCCGAGAAACCGGUCGUAAGUCGAAAUGGUCGUAAGUUGAACUUUACUAACGAAUAUCAACAAAACAUUUUUGUAAUGACUUUAUUUUAUUGUUUUAUUUUGGUAUUUCAUGUUUUACUUUACUUUUUAUGUUGUUAGUACUGUAUUUUAUACUGUAAGGCUUAAGAUAAACACUGUGUACAACACAAAUAGUUGUUUAUUUCCCAGAAAUUUGGCAUAAAAAACACGGUCGUAAGUCGAGUGGUCGUAAGUCGAGCAGGUCGUAAGUCGGAUGGUAGGUGUAUUUUCUUUUUAUGGCUUUAUGAUUAUUUCUUGGUAUCAGUUGAUAAAGUGGAUAUCAGUCUAAUGAAUUGAAUAAUUUGGUAAAUUUCAGGGCCGGGAGUACAGUAUCUCAUUUGUUUUGUGUACUUUAUUGGCUCUGCUUCAAUUAUUGGUAUGCACUAAACCAUGAUUAUCAUUCUUGGUUAUUUUUUUUUUAUCUGUGAAAUAGGGUAAAACUUAGAUUUUGUGUGAUGAUGAAUUCAAAACAGAGGUGAGGAAUAAUAUUCUAGAGGGCUGAGUACAUGAAUAAUGAAUAGAAGAUACUAGAGGGCUGAGUACAUGAAUAAUGAAUAGAAGAUACUAGAGGGCUGAGUACAUGAUUAAUGAACAGAAGAUGCUAGAAGGCUGAGUACAUGAUUAAUGAACAGCAGAUACUAGAGGGCUGAGUGCAUGUUUAAUGAACAGAAGAUACUAGAGGGCUGAAUAUAUGAUUAUUGAACAGAAGAUAGGUUGCUUUAGUUGCUGCAAUGCAUACUGUGUUUAUUUUUUGUUUAUGAAAAGAAUUUGUUGAAUUUUGUGUAAAAUUAAUCAAAUUGCUAAAUUUUGUGCACUUUAGCUAGUGCAGAAAGCUAAGAAUUUGUUCAGAAUGAUUAAUGGAAUUGGCAUAAAAUAGGACUCAGUGACUGAAAUUCUUAAUGUGUGAAUUGCACUCAGAGUGCAAUUCGUAAUUCUUUUUAAGUUUGAGUUAUAUUUUGUGUUCUUGGUGUCAUUACCUUAAGAAAAAGUUUCUCUACCAUUUCUGAAAAAAAUUUUAAGGACAAACCCUGACACUGUUAGCACUUUAAUUUGGUGUCUUGAUAGUGAAAGUGUUAAGUUAUUGUUCACUAUGUCUAAAAUACUUGAAAAAGAAUGUGAUCAAGCAACACACAUAACAGUUGAUGCAGAAGACAAACUAUAUCAGUAUUCACAUUCCUCACAAACAUCUCGGUGUGUAUCACUGACUGCAGUUAACAGAGGCGAUAAAACAGUUCAGUGUUUAACGUGUUUGAAAAAGUUUUCUAAAAAUACACAUUUAAUGAGACAUAUGAGAAUUCAUACCAGAGAAAAACAAUGUCAGUGUUGUGUGUGUCUAAAAGAGUUUUUAGAUAAAUCUUAUUUAGUACAACACAUGAGGAUUCAUACUGGAAAGAAACCAUAUCAGUGUUUCGAAUGUCUAAAGGAGUUUUCACAAAAGUUUAGUUUGGUACAACACAUGAGAAUUCAUGCUGGAGAGAAACUACAUCAAUGUUCGGAAUGUCUAAAAGAGUUUUCAGCUAAAUCUAGUUUAGUAAGACAUAUGAAAUUUCAUACUGGAGGGGGACUGUAUCACUGUUCAGUGUGUUUAAAAGAAUUUGCCAGCAAAUCUUAUUUAGUACAUCACAUGAGAAGUCAUACCGGUGAAAAGCCCUAUCAAUGUUCAGAAUGUCUAAAAUCAUUUUCAAAAAACUCUAAUUUAAUACAACACAUAAGAAUUCAUACUGGAGAGAAGCCAUAUCAAUGCUCAGAAUGUCUAAAAGAUUUUGCAACUAAAUCUAAUUUAGUACAACACAUGAGAAUUCAUACUGGAGAGAAACCAUAUCAGUGUUCAGAAUGUCUAAGAGAGUUUUCAGAUCACUCUAGUUCAGUAAAACACAUGAGAACUCAUUUUGGAGAGAAGCCAUAUCAGUGUUCAGAAUGUCUAAAAGAGUUUUCAGAUCAAUCUAGUUUAGUACAUCACAUGAGAAGUCAUACUGGAGAGAAACUAUAUCGGUGUUCAGAGUGUCUAAAAGAAUUUUCACAAAAAACUAGUUUAGUACAACACAUGAGAAUUCAUACUGGAGAAAAACCAUUUCAGUGUUCAGAAUGUCUAAAAAAGUUUACCACUAAAUCUUACUUAGUACAUCACAUGAGGAUCCAUACUGGAGAGAAACCGUAUCAAUGUUCAGAGUGUCUGAAAGAGUUUUCACAGAAAACUAGUUUAGUACAACACAUGAGAAUUCAUACUGGAGAGAAACCAUAUCAGUGUUCAGAGUGUCUAAAAGAGUUUUCCAAAAAAUGUCUUUUAGUACGACAUGUGAAAGUUCAUACCAAGGAGAAACCAUUUAGGUGUUCAGAAUGUCUAAUGGAGUUUUCAUGUAAAUUUAAUUUAGUAAGGCACCUGCGACUUCAUUCUAGCUAGAAAUCAUU